UUGGAUUUUUUAUGGCCUCAUAGUGAUCGGGCCGCGGCCAUGAAACGUAACAAAUUAGAUUAUACAAAGCCCCGCCCCACUCUUGAACAAGGCAAUGGGGCCCACACGGUGGCAAUAGCCGAGUUGAGUUUCCAAAAGCAACCCUGGGAGCCCUUGGAGCAAGCACGAAACAGGGGGGAUUGUGAGUGUGUGCAGCUCCCCAUAAACACUCCAACAGAAAGGGUCCAGCAUGACAUCACCUUUAUCCGGAAGCAGCUCAAUGUCCGAAAGGGUAAUAUUGGUGCAAGGUAUAGAAUCACUGCAGGCAAAGUGCAUGGCGGGGCUUCGAAUGUCAUAAGUGCCCUUGAUGCCUGAAUACUGCACGUUAGACACUCGGACUGCGGAUGUGUGAUUAGCACAGUCCUUGGCAAGGCAAUAGAACUGAUCGAUUAUGAUGGGAUUCCUGACGUUUUCCAUGUGGAUGUUGUCGAACGUGACUCCCGAGACAGCUCCCGAGCCGCCUUGCCAUGUUUUGAUUCGAACGCCGUUGUCUGAGUUCUUGAUGACCGAGUCACGUACGGUGAUGUUAGAUGCGCACGCACGCGACUUGUGAUUGCCUAGACUGCCUAUGCUGAGGUGCACAACAACUUGGUAAACCAGGUAAGGAUUUUGGAAUACUAAUUAUGCACAAAGACCAAUGAACAAAUUUACACUGGUUGAAAUACUAAAAGUAGUAGGCAUUUCAAAAAAAUGAGGUGAAUUAAAGGAAAAUUUUGCAUUCCCAACUGUAACUAAUUUUUUUCUGAUUCUGUGUGUUUUCUGAGAAAGGCCUAUCUUAGGUGAAUUAUAGUAAGUGCAAGCACUUCCUUCAUUAAACUGUUAUAGAGAAUGGGAAUUGUAUGAACCAGUGCAUGAUGGAGCUAAAUCUUGGAUUAGAAUUGCACUACCUGAUCCCAUGGCCCGGCCCGCAUGUUACAUUCCUGAUGUCUACAUCAUAGCAUCCGGAUCCUAUCGAGACACAGUCAUCACCUGGAUCAAAGUUGAAGGGUUAGAUAAUUUUGUUUUUCUUUUUCAAGAAAAAUAAAUGUCAAAAGGUGCUUUUGGGGAGAAUUAGUGUGUAGUUAGUAGUUACCAUUGGAUAUUACUGAAUUGUAUAUCCCCACAUUGUUUGUGUUCUCUAUAUGAAUCCCAUCUGUAUUGGGACUCAAUGCCGGAGCCGAUAUGUGAAUCGACUCUAUAUGAACAUUCUUGCAGUUGUCGAAUCUCAAAUGGAACUGGGGGCUGUUCAUCAUUUUUAUCCCUUGUACUGUCAAAUUGUUGCUCAUAAAGAAUCUU